CACACUCUCGUAUACAUCUACACGGUCUCACUCACACAGAAGCAUGGGCACACAUGCACUUGGCUUGUAGAUUACCGUUAUAGACUGAUACCAUCGCAUCCACCACUCAUAUCUUCCCAUUCAUCCCUCUUUCACAAACACAUUCACACUCACUCACUCUCUCUCUCUCACGCGACACACUAAUUUAAAUAGACUGAGAAAGAGAGAGAGAGAGAGAAGCAAGAAGCUGCAAAGAAUGAGGAGGUGUAAACGGCACUUGUUAAGGGCAUGUGAACGAGUCUCAGAACAAACUAUGGCGAGAUUACAUAAAGAGAUGGAAAUGCCGAAAUAGCAAUGAUAAUGAAUCGUUUUGUUGUACAGAAAACUGGAAAUGGUGGUUUGGUGUGUUUAAUAACAGCAUCAGAUUAAACGCAUUGCGAGAUAUUUCUGGAAAAUUAGAGGUAAUUACAAAGGCAGAGGAAAAGUCUGUAUUUUUGGACUGGAAAGAACCCUACCCCUGAAUUUCUCUCUGUGUCAUGCUGCUAGUGAAAACAAGAACAAUUGUGAUGACGGUGUGGCGUACUGGUCUAACACCCCGAAACAUUUACAAGAUUCUCCUUUUUUUUUUAAUCUUCUCUACCAUGCUUUAUAUGAUGUACUUCUACCAUGUGAGUUUUGCACACAAGCAGUACUAUGCUCGGAUAACGGUACCGGAGCGGCGCUUGUUGCUAAACACACUGCAAGAAUUCAUGAAGUCAAUGGAUGCAGCAAACUUGUCCUAUUUCCUAUACAGUGGUAGCCUGUUGGGUACGUAUCGCCAUCAUGGUCUCAUACCCUGGGACGAUGAUAUUGAUAUCAUGAUGAACAGUUCAGAGAAAGAGGUAAUAAAGAAAGCUCUAAGAAAGAGUUCACCAUUGUAUGAGUUGGACAUUCCUGAAACUGGACAUUGGAAAUUCUAUUAUACCAAAAUGAACAACUUGUUAAAUUAUCACCACCGAUGGCCUUUUCUUGACAUGUUUUUCUUCCUCGAAAACAAGACUCAUAUCUGGGAUGAGGUUCCAAGCUCUGCAAAGACUUUCACAUUUCUUAAAAAGAAGCUCUUUCCAUUGCGAAAGCGUCCAUUCAACCAUUUAAUGGUGAAUGCUCCAUGUAAUAUUGAAUUUUGCAUGAAUGGUUAUGACCCAGAAGAAUGUGUGGCCAGCAGUUACUCACAUAAGAAUGAGAAACCACUGCCUUUUUUUAAAUGGGUGAAAGUACCAUGUAAAGAUCUCCUAACACGUUAUGCAUUUGUGCAACGCAAACAACUGAAGGAUGGUUCUUGGAACGAGACUUUGGUAUUGAAUAACACAAAAGUAAUUCACAGCAUUAUCACAGAAAAAUAUUGCUGAGUAUGGGGAAAAAAUUGUAAAACAUUGCCCAGAUGUCAAUCAAAAAAGUGGAAGGCAUUAUUUGGGAGUUGUUUGGGAUGCAACAAUUGUCUAUGUGAGUGAUGUGGAUGUACGAAAAUGAUUUUGUAGUGGAAGGUGUGUAAAUAAGUUGCUUCCAUUGCCAAUUAUCACAACUUCCAUCUUCUGGAAUGUGGAACAAACAAAUGUAACGGUGCUAAUGAUAACUUAUUUUGUUUAUGUAUUUCUGAAAAAAAAAUUGUUAAAAAUUU